AUGAGUUACGGAGGAUCUUCCUAUGGCGGCGGCGGCUACGGCGGCGGCGGUGGUGAUAGAUACGACCGCGGUGGAGACCGCUACGGUGGCCGUGGCGGUGGCAGCCGUGGUGGUGACUCCUAUGGAGGCCGCGGAGGCGGCUCCUACGGAGGCAGCAGCGGCGACCGCAUGUCUGCUCUUGGAUCCGGCUUGAAGAAGCAGGAUUACGACCUCAACAGCUUGCCCAAGUUUGAGAAGAACUUCUACAAGGAGCACCCUAAUGUCACUGCUCGCACCGACCGUGAGGUCGAGAAGUUCCGUGAUGAGAAGAAGAUGACCGUCAAGGGCAACGAUGUUCCCAAGCCGGUUGAGACCUUUGAGGAGGCUGGAUUCCCUUCGUACGUGAUGACCGAGGUCACCCAGAUGGGCUUCACCGCUCCUACUGCUAUUCAGUCUCAGGGAUGGCCUAUGGCUCUUUCUGGUCGUGAUUUGGUCGGUAUUGCCGAGACCGGUUCGGGAAAGACUCUCUCUUACUGUCUUCCUGCUAUCGUUCACAUCAACGCCCAGCCUCUGCUCUCCCCUGGUGACGGUCCUAUCGUCCUGAUCUUGGCCCCUACUCGUGAGUUGGCGGUCCAGAUCCAGCAGGAGUGCUCCAAGUUUGGCAAGUCGUCGCGCAUUCGCAACACCUGUGUCUACGGUGGUGUUCCCCGUGGUCAGCAGAUCCGUGAUCUCGCUCGCGGUGUUGAGAUUGCCAUCGCCACUCCUGGUCGUUUGAUCGACAUGCUCGAGUCUGGCAAGACCAACCUUCGUCGCGUGACCUACCUCGUCCUCGACGAGGCUGAUCGUAUGCUCGAUAUGGGUUUCGAACCCCAGAUCAGAAAGAUCGUUGAUCAGAUUCGCCCUGAUCGUCAGACUUGCAUGUGGUCUGCUACGUGGCCCAAGGAAGUCCAGCGUUUGGCCAACGACUACCUUCACGACUACAUUCAGGUCAACGUUGGUUCGCUCGAGCUUUCUGCUUCCCACAACAUUACCCAGGUCGUUGAGGUCGUCACAGAGAUGGAGAAGAGAGACAGACUUAUCCACCACUUGGAGAAGGCGAUGGAGAACAAGGACGCCAAGACUCUCAUCUUCGUCGGAACCAAGCGUGUCGCUGACGAAAUCACCAAGUUCCUUCGUCAGGACGGCUGGCCCGCGCUCGCCAUCCAUGGUGACAAGGCUCAGAACGAGCGUGACUGGGUGCUGAACGAGUUCCGCACUGGCAAGUCGCCUAUCAUGGUUGCCACUGAUGUUGCAUCCCGUGGUAUUGACGUCAAGGACAUCAAGUACGUCAUCAACUACGAUUACCCCAACAAUAGCGAGGACUAUGUUCACAGAAUCGGACGUACCGGUCGUGCCGGCACCACCGGAACUGCCAUCACCCUCUUCACCAACGACAACUCCAAGCAGGCGCGCGACCUCCUCACCAUUCUCUACGAGGCCAAGCAGUACGUCGACCCCAAGCUCGAGGAGAUGGGACGCUACUCGCGCGGCGGCGGCGGCGGUGGCCGAUGGGGUGGACGUGGAGGUGGCCGUGGUGGCCGUGGUGGAUACGGUGGUGGAUACCACUCUGGAUCCAACCAUGCUCCUCUCGGAUACAACAGAAGAUGGUAA